AGUUUUCACCAAACCAGAAACGUUUCGGCUUUCCCCCUUCCCAUUUCCCAAGCUCGAAUUCGAAAAUUCCCACAGCAGAAUUCACAAAUCCACCUCCGGCAUCAGCAUCAAUGGCGAAGAGGAAGAGAAAAGGAGCUCCGGAGGUUCUGUGGAGAUUGUUCGGCGACCGUGCGCGGACUCUCGGCGACACUAUACUGGCUCUGAGUCCUCCUCCGGCGACCGGCGGCGGCGGCGGCGACGAAGCCACUUCGUUCCUCGUCAGAUCUACGGAUGAUCUGGAAUACCGCAAAUUCCUAUCGGAAACCUUCGUGGUUGUCUCCGACGAUGCCCCUCCCCCUCCCCCCUUCGACCAUCGCUGCCGCUGGUCGCUUCUCCAGCUUGUGAGAAGAACGAUCGAAAUAAUUAUGAGUGAAUCUCGUCAAGCCUCUUCAAAUCUCAUAUCCUUCAGUUAUGAUAAAGAGAGCCAGUCUAGUCCGACGGUUGAUGAACUGACAUCCGCAAAAUGGGCUGUCCUCUUUAGUAGGGUUGGUGAUACUCUAUUGGUGUAUCUGCUGAAGUAUACAUCAAUAUUUCUUCCUCUUCCUCAGAAGAAGCACCAUCAGAUUUGUGGUUGUUCCAUUGCCAAAUUGUUCUCCAACUUCCCAAGAGGCAUGCCUAAGUCUAGAGCUCCGCAUCAUCCACCAGUUAAGAGGCAAAGGGUGGAAAGACUUGUAUGAUGUAUGUAUCAAAUGUCACACGGUUUGAUGUGUUGCUGGAGAAACAUGUCAUCUGAGCUCAAAUAUUGAUUCUGUGAUGCGUCAAUUGAUGUGCCUCUUCUUUUGUGGCUAUCUAUGAAAUUGAUUUAGCCCUUCAAGACAAGAAAAUAAUUUUUUUGUAAAAUUCUUAACCGAGAAAUCCAUAGAAAUUAACCUCCAAA